CGAUAACUUAAGAGGAUCCCACAUGCCACCAACAUUCACCCCCAAGCGACCAAGCAGUUGUGGUGGUCUGCUUGGACCGUAGAAUGCAUGCGGCCCCUGCUGGUCUUGCUGGUCCUCGCGUUGCUGCUCCUCUUCCCGCUGCUCCUCGUGCUGCUCCACCUCUUGCUGUUGCUCCUCUUGCUGCGCAUCCUCUUGCUGCUCCUCCUCCUCCUCCUGCUGCUACUGCUGCUGCUGCUCCUCCUCCUACUACUGCUGCUACUGCAGUUGCUGAUCCUCUUGCUGCUGCUGCUGCUGCUGCUCCUCCUCCUCCCGUUCCUCCUCGUCCUGCUCGUCAUCGAGCUGCUCCUCCUGCUGAUGCCCCUCUUCCUGCUGAUGCUCUUCCUGCUGCUCCUCUUCCUGCUGCUCCUCUUCCUAAUGCUCCUCGUGUUGCUCAUGUCGGCGCUGCCCCUGAGCAUUCAACGAUGCUAUUCGAUCGCUGCAACGUGGGAGGGGAGGAGGAGCAAGUCAGCGAUGGGGAGGAGGAAGAAAUCAAUGAUUGGGAGGAGGAGGAAGAAGGCGAUGGGGAGGAGGAGGAAGAAGCGAUGGGAAAGGGAGGAAGAGGGAGAUCGGGAGGAGGAGGUGGAACCCUUGAACAUGAAGAUCGGGAGGAGGAGGACGAAGAGGAAGAUCGACAAGAGGAGGACGAAGAAGCGAUGGCCCGAUGGGGAGGAGGAGGAGGAAGAAGCGAUGGGGAGAGGAGGAAGAGGGAGAUCGCGAGGAGGAGGUGGAAGAUAAAGAUCGGGAGGAGGGGGACGAAGAGAAAGAUCGGGAGGAUGAGGAGGAAGAAGCAAUGGGGAGGAGGAGGAAGAAGCGAUGGGGAGGAGGAGGACGAAGCGACAGGGAGGAGGUGGAAGAUGAAGAUUGGGAGGAGGAGGACGAAGAGGACGAUCGGGAGAGGGAGGAGGAAGAAGCGAUGGGAAACAGAGGAAGAGGGAGAUCGGGAGGAGGAGACGGCGAUCGGGGGGAGGAGGACGAAGAGGACGAUCGGGAGGAGGAGGAGGAGGAAGCAAUGGGAAAAGGAGGAAGAGGGAGAUCAGGAGGAGGAGGUGGAAGAUAAAGAUCGGGAGGAGGAGGACGAAGAGAAAGAUCGGGAGGAGGACGAGGAAGAAGCGAUGGAAAGGAGGAGGAAGAAGCGAUGGGAAGGAGGAGGAAAAAGCGAUGGGGAGGAGGAGGAAGAAGCGAUGGAAAGGAGGAGGAAGAAGCGAUGGGGAGGAGGAGGAAGAAGCGACAAGGAGGAGGAGGAGGAGGUGGAAGAUGAAGAUCGGGAGGAGGAGGACGAAGAGGACGAUCGGGAGGAGGAGGAGGAAGAAGCGAUGGGAAACCGAGGGAGAGGAGAUCGGGAGGAGGAGGUGGAAGAUAAAGAUUGGGAGGAGGAGGACGAAGAGAAAGAUCGGGAGGAGGAGGAGGAAGAAGCGAUGGGGAGGAGGAGGAAGAAGCGAUGGGGAGGAGGAGGAAGAAGCGACGGGGAGGAGGAGGUGGAGGUGGAAGGUCAAGAUCGGGAGGAGGAGGAUGAAGAGGACGAUCGGGAGGAGGAGGAGGAAGAAGCGAUGGGAAACGGAGGAAGAGGGAGAUCGGGAGGAGGAGGUGGAAGAUAAAGGUCGGGAGGAGGAGGACGAAGAGAAAGAUUGGGAGGAGGAGGAAGAAGCAGCGAUGGGGAGGAGGAGGAAGAGGGAGAUCGUGAGGAAGUCUGGAGGAGGAGGACGACGAGAUAGAUCGGGAAGAGGAGGAGGAAGAAGCGAUGGGGGGCAGGAGCAGGAUAUGUAACCGUUUGAACGCCGUGAAUGCACGUUCGCGUUCAAAUGUGCGUUUGAAC